UUGUGACUUAGCUCUCCUUUUCAAACUUUCACUACUUCCCUCACCUAAAAAAUACAUCUUCUUGUAACACUGCUGCUAUUUUCACCAAUGUUCUUCGUUCUUUUUUUAAUUCUUUCAUAAAAUGAAAUUAUUUGCUGUCAACCAAUUUCAUUCCUGAAGCAAAUUUUCGAAAAGAUUUGAGUGCUAAAAUCAAACGCAUUUUCUUAAAAUAUGUUUUCUUUCUUCGGAGCUGCAUCGGAUGUUUUUAUAGCAAAAACAACCAAUUGGAAACCGGAACACAAUUGGAAAUUAUGGAUACUGACACUAAUAUUGUCUCUUGUCGUGAUUCCAUUUAUCCGAACGGUGCUGGAACAAAGAAAAAAGACUAAUUUACUGUGGAAGCUCCCAGGAUGUAAUGUCAAUCAUUUGUUCCUGUAUUUAGCAAUAGCGAAAACUGUGGUACUGAAUAAUCAAAUCAAGUCAAACAUAUUGACAUUUCAAGUGUUAUGUGGCACCACCAUUUUGUUCUAUAAAGAAAAGCUGUGGCGCAUGUGGAUUGGAAUAAAGCCAGUCGUUGUCUUCUUCAAACCGGAAACAGUUGAACUGAUUUUGAACAGCAAUACAGUACUGAAGAAGACAUUUAUGUAUGCAUUUCUAAACAAUUGGUUUAAGGAAGGUUUAAUAACAAGUUCCGGCUCUAAGUGGAGAGCUAGACGAAAACUGCUUACGCCAGCUUUUCACUUCCGCAUUUUAAGUGAUUUUCAACCAGUCAUCGACGAACAAUCCAGAAUACUUACUCAAGUACUGGAUGAAAAAGUUGGCGAAAUAUUCGACGUUGUUCAACCAAUCACCUUGUGCACACUCGACAUACUUUGUGAAACUGCUAUGGGUAUUAAAAUUGAAGCGCAAAGAAAAGAUUCAAAGUACCUUGAGGCUUUAAAAGUAGCUUCUGAGCAGUUUUCCGAUAGAAUAAUGAAACCUUGGGUUUGGACAGAUUUUCUGUACUAUCUAACACCAGAAGGGAGAAAUUAUAAGAAAAAUGUAGCAGCAAUGCUUCAAUUCACAUCAACUGUAAUUCGUGAUAGAAAAAAAGAAAUGCUAAGUAAAAGCUAUGUUGAUGUUUCUAAUGAUGAAGAUCUUGGCGAAAACAAGAAAAGAAAAGCAUUUUUGGAUCUUCUGUUAGACGUCCAUAUCAAAGAAAAUAUGUUAAGUGAAAGAGACAUCAGAGAAGAGGUGGACACAUUCAUGUUUGCAGGUCACGAUACGACGGCAAUGGGUAUCAGCUGGGCCCUAUAUAACAUAGGCUUAAGACAAGACAUCCAAGACACAAUUCACGAAGAACUUGAUCGCAUAUUUGGGGAUGAUAAAAAUCGUCCAAUUACAACUAAAGACGUAAGGGAAAUGAAAUAUUUGGAAUGCGUACUUAAGGAAAGUCAACGCCUAUAUCCUUCUUUACCCGUUAUCGGCAGAGAAUUAGAGGAAGAUAUUUCUAUUGAUGGCCACACCAUACCUGCUGGAACCACAUGUUUGCUGGCUACAUUUAUGCUUCAUCGAAAUCCAGAAAUAUAUCCAAAUCCAGAAGUUUUUGAUCCUGACCGAUUCUUACCUGAUAACUGUGCUGGUAGACAUCCUUUUGCAUAUGUGCCAUUUUCAGCUGGUCCACGAAACUGUAUAGGUCAGAGAUUUGCAAUGCUUGAAGAAAAGACUGUUGUGGCCAACAUUCUUCGAAAAUUUAGAAUAGAGAGUUUGGAUUCUAGAGACAAAUUGCAUUUAACAGCUGAAUUGGUAUUAAGGAAUGAUGGACCUUUGAGGAUAAAAGUACAUCGAAGAUAAUGUUACAGAGGUUCAAAAGGAAGAAGAAAAAAAAUUUUACACUGUAUAACUUUUCCUCAAAUGAUCAGAUUUUCACACCUAAAUAACAUGCAGUAUUAAUUGGUCUAUCGUCUCUAAUCAUGCCAGUUAGUUUGCGAAGACGAUAUUUUAGACUACGAAAUCAGAUAGGUACUAACCCUGAAUAUCAUUUUAAGACGUUUCUUGCAAAAACUGUGCUGAUUCUAAUUUUAAAGGAAAAUCUUUUUAACAUAGAGGAAUAAAUAAAAUCAAAUUGAAUUAUUUUAAUUCUAGAUAUAAAGCAUUAGAUUAGGAUUCUGGAGACAAACUGCAUUUCACAGCUGAAUUGAUUUAAAGGAAUGAUAGCCUUUGAGGAUAUAAGUAGAUCGAAGAUAAUAGAUCAUCGAUGUUACAGUGGAUAAAAAGAGGGAGAAAAAAAUGUUCCCUUAACUUUUCAUCAAAUUUUCACGCCUAAAUAAGAUUCAGCUUUAAUUUUUCUAUUGCCUUAAUCAUGUCAAUUAGUUUGCGCAGGACAUUAUGCUAGGCUACAAAAUCAGGAAGGUGCUAAUCCUAAAUAAUUUUUUUUCAUCAUAUUUGAAUUUUUGUUUUCCGAUGUAUUGAAAAUUUCAAGCCUUUGAAAUCUUAGCUUUUUCUUUUUGGAUAACAAGAACUGUAUUCCUCCACAUGUAAUCUCUGUUAAUUUAGCCUUUCGUUCCAAAGCUAUUCAGAUUAUUUAGUUAGCUUAUUGUGGAAAUUGCCAUUUUUAUUAUAAUGUUAAACUUAUACAGUUUUAAUUAAGUCAAUUUUAUUUUAAUUACCAUGACAACAUUUUAUCAUAUAGUAUUGCUUACUCAUCACUAGAACCCGGAUUUUGAUGACCUAAAAAAUCUCAACUAAUGCCCUUAAAAAAUGCAAAAAAUGCUCUUGAAAUGUGCAAAAAAUGCCCUUAAAAAUGCUCUAAAAUUG